UCUAAUGGCCGUCACAGUCGCGUCACAGUCGCAGCGGUCCACCUUGCAGUAAAUAAAUUACAACAUCAGUUUGAAAUAAUUAACAUUUUAAAAAAUUAUUUUAUUUACUCGCAUUGCACAUUAUCCGUGUUUUAUUCAUUCGCUGACUGAACCGCUUGGCGCAGCUGUUAAGGUUGCUGAGCUGGGAGGCCUAGCCGGGCGUUAGCUAAGCUAAAGUAAGCUAAGCUAACGCCAGCUAGCUCAGCUAGCCGGGGCAGCGCGAGCUCGGAGAGCCGCUCUGAGAGAAUAUGUAACAGGCAUCAAACAUCAGCAUGACAUCCAGAUUCAGUAAAACCUAUACUCGGAAGGGAGGGGAGGCUAACUCCAAAUUUGAGGAGGUAUUUGCCAAUAAGAAGGCAACUCUCAGUACCAAAUGGGGAGAGACCACGUACAAGGCCCAGCUGGGCACCAAGCGCCCCACGUUCAAACCCGAGCCACCGGAACUGGUCAAAAGGCCUCGUCUGGAGGACGACGACAGCUGCGACGACCCGUUCGGCUUCGACAGUGACGACGAGUCCAAGACCGUCUCAUCCAGAGGCGCCGUGCAGCCUGAGCUGGGCUCCGCGGUGUCCGGGUGUGUGAGUAGGACGCCCGGCACGCAGGCUGAGAGCCAGGCUACGAGCAGUGCCACACCCAGCAGAGGCACCCUGGCCCUGGGGAGCGGUGCAAGCAAACCCCUCUCCGGCUCCAACAGCACACUUGCAGCCAAACCUUUACAGACCUCAUCAAUGGCUAGUACUGGAACUGCCUGGUACAAGCCCGCCAGCAUGGCGAACAGACCUGGCUCUCAGUCUGUGGUUGGAAAAGCACCCACCAGAGACUCCGCAUAUGCCUGGGACUCCCCACGGCGGGGCUCUCCACCCGGGGCUGGCGAGGGAGUCUCCACCCAGGCCUGCCACCCACACGAUGUGCUAAAACCCCCGGACCAGCCUGGUGGAGAUGCAGAACCCCCGGACCAGCCUGUGGGAGACGGCGAACCCCCAGAGGAGCCGGUCGACUUUGAACAGCUUCCUCUGCUGAAGCCAGCCAGGGAUAGGGUUUACAGGCGGCCCGAUCGCAACCGCCACCCAGAGAGUUCCCAUGCCGACGAGGCGUUGGGCGGGGGCGCGCCGAGUAAGCAGGCUAUGACCCCGGUGAAGGGCACUGGUGUCGGGGGUUCAGAGGUCAAGGCUGCGGGCCGCAGCAGGGUGAGGGACUACACCGUGCUCCACCCGUCGUGCGUGUCGGCGUGCAACGUGACCAUCCAGGACUCCAUAGACAGGAGCAUGGAUGAGUUUGUGAACACUACACCUGCAGAUCUAGGAGAGGCUGGAACCUUCCGGAGAAAAACGGAUCUGCAGCUUAGCAAACCCACCAGGUUUCGUCCCAGCCAGACUAAGAGUAAGAAGGAGACUAAGCUGGAGUUCUUUGGUUUCGAGGAGAGCGAGGGUCAGGAGGAGGACGGAGAGCCUCUCUCCUCUGGCAGCUCCAGCUACAAGAUCAAAUACUUUGGCUUUGAUGAACUGAGUGAGAGUGACAGUGAGGAUGAGGAGGAAGCUAUUUCUAAGGGCAGGAGGAAGGCCAGGAAAGCCCUGCCCGAAACUCUGACAGCUAGAGUGGACAGUCCCCAGACCAGUGACUCUCAGGAGAGUCAGACGAGCACUAACGCAGAUUCUCAGGAGUGGCUGGAGGAGGCGUGUCCAUCUGGCUCCACCCCACACAGGGAGCGUGUCACAAAACAGUUCGACAAGGCCAAGGACAUCAGCCGCAAGAUCUUCAGCGGCCCCAAAAAGUCUCCUGCUAAGGCAGUAUAUAAUGCUCGUCACUGGAAUCAUCCUGAACCAGAUGAAACCCCUCCAGCUCCUUCUCGCACCGUCCCUGCACCUAAGCACAGUUUGUCCAGUGGAAGCAGAGAUACAAAUUCCUUUAAAGAUGAAUCUGUUUUUAAAGCCCCGCCCCCUCCACCAAAAGUCAUCAAAUCAGUGACCAUCCCCACGGAGCCUUACCAGGACAUUGUCACAGCACUCAAGUGCAGGAAAGAGCACAAGGAGCUGUACACAGUAGUCCAGCAUGUGAAGCACUUUAAUGACGUUGUGGAGUUUGGGGAGAAUCAGGAGUUCACUGAUGACUUUGAGUACCUGGAGACUGGACUGAAGAGCACUCAGCCACUCAACACACGCUGCCUUAGUAUUAUUAGUCUGGCCAUGCGAUGUGCCAUGCCGAGUUUCCGUAUGCACCUGCGAGCGCGGGGGAAGGUGGCGCACGUCUUCAAGAUGCUGAGUGAUGCCCCACAGCACCCGAACCUGGCCCUCUGCACGGCGUCACUGAUGUACAUUCUGAGCCGGGACCGUCUGAACAUGGACCUGGACCGAGCCUGUCUGGAGCUGAUGAUCCGUCUGCUGGAGCUGGAGCAGGAUGACUCUGUGGAUGACCAGCUGACCGCCCGAGAGAUCUGCAAGGUCAAGGAGAAGAUCCGCAAGCUGUGUGAGACCGUCCACAACAAGCACCUGGACCUGGAGAACAUCACCACGGGUCACCUGGCCAUGGAGACACUUCUCUCACUGACAUCCAAGAGAGCUGGGGACUGGUUUAAGGAGGAGCUGCGCUUACUGGGAGGACUGGACCACAUCGUGGAUAAAGUGAAAGAGUGUGUGGACAGUCUGAGUAAGGAGGAGGAUAAAGAGAGCCUGGUGGCUUCGUUGUGGGGAGCGGAGCGCUGCUUACGGGUUCUGGAGAGUGUUACAGUCCAUAACCCAGAGAACCAGGGCUACCUGAUAGCCUACCAAGACUCUCAGCUCAUCGUGUCCUCGGCGAGGGGCCUGUGCUACUGUGAGGAAAUGAUCCAGCGCUACAGUCGUGAGGUGAACAGCUCUCUGUCGUCCUGUGGCACCGCCCUGCCCCACUGUAGCCAUAGCAACGUGGGCAAGGCCGUGGAGGAUUGUAUGAGAGCGGUGAUAGGAGUGCUACUGAACCUCACGCACGACAAUGAGUGGGGCAGCACUAGGACAGGGGAACAGGAUAAGCUGAUCCUGACGGCACUGAACUGUGUCCUCAAAGUCCCGCGAUUCCUACCGCAGGAGCAGAGAUUCGACAUCCGAGUACUCGGCCUGGGUCUGCUGAUAAACCUGGUUGAGUACAGCUCCAGAAACAGACACUGUCUGGUGGAGAUGGAGGUGGACAGGAGCUGGCUGAUGGACACCGAGAAGGAACUAAAGACUGAAGAGGGUGUAGAGACAAGGGGACAAACCCAGGAACUUAGGCAGGGGGACGAGGACAACGAAGAAAGCACUCCAGAGUCCUCAAAUGCCCUGUCUGCUCUGGUGCAGCUCUUCCUGGAGCGAGAGCGCGCAGCCGUGCUUGCGGAGGCUCAGACUGAUGACCUCAUUAGUGAGGCGCCCAAGUCUCAGGCUGACCAGAGUGGACAGUGGCAGGAGACCUCGGGAGAGAUCCAGUGGGUUGCCACAGAAACCAACGACACACACGAUGAGAAGGAGAAGAAGGAGGAAGAAGAGGAAGAGCUUGACCUCAAUAAAGCCCUGCAACAUGCUGGGAAACACAUGGAGGAUAGCAUUGUCGCAUCCUACACUGCCCUCCUGCUGGGCUGCCUGUGUCAGGACAGUCCGAUGAAUGUCCAGGGUGUCAGAGAGAGCCUUCCUAAAGGAGAUUUCUCCAUUAUGACUGACAUGCUGAAGAAAUUUCUCAACUUCAUGAAUUUGACAUGUUCCGUCGGAACCACAGGACAGAAGUCCAUCUCACGGGUGAUUGAGUACCUGGAGCACUGUUAGCACUGGUGGGGCAGGCCUCCCUCUCUGUGGGGUGGAUAUUGUAGGAGCUGGCAGCCCACGUGAAGCCUGUAGUGUUUGGAGAUGCACAGACUUGUGGUGGGAGGUGGUUGCCGUGUUGCUGGGGGUUACGCUCGGUGCAGAGACUCCUACGAGCUUCACUGGCCUUUGUCAAGUGUCACAUGCGUAUUUCUCAAUAAUCCUCUCAUGCCAAUUAAAAACACAUGUGUAGGCUAUUGUAUUCUGAUAAAAUUAGGGUUUUGUUCCCUCCUUUUAAUGCUUAAAAGUGAUCCUCUGUUUUAUCAGGUACCAUGAAUUAUACUAUUAAGUGUGUGUGUGUGUGUGUGUGUGUGUGUGAUUGAGAAUGAGAUAUUGUGUGUGUGUGUGUGUGUGUGAGAGAAUGAGAUAUAGUCUGUGCGUGAGAGGUUUGGACACCAGGAGUGGAACGGCCAGCGUCUCCAAUUUGGCCAUCCGGUGUGGAGGACUUGAGAAUUUAGGUCUCCAAGCUUAAAAAGGCACUCUGGAUGCACGAGGUGCUGCACUGAACAAACGCCUAAAUAAAUGAACUCCAGGCCUGUGCACCACGUCACAGGACCUGCAACCCCGACCCCCUGCCCCCCAUGCGCAUGCAUGCGACAGCACUCGAUAGAGCAGGCCUUGGGAAGUUUCUGAGAGAUGACCAGACAACGCAACAUGCCAGGAAAGUUCUCCACGUUCGUUCAGACUUCGUUCCAUUAAGAUUGUUACUGUAGUUUUAAAAAGCUUGUGUUAAAAACAAAAUCAAUCACGUUGAAGAGAACCCAUUUCAAAGUCUGUAGCAUAGCGAGCCUUUUUUUUUUUUUUUUUUAACAUGUACAUUUAUAUGUACUUUUUUUGUGAAAAGGCGCAUCCAAUCAGCUGGACUGGAUUCAUUGCACUUGACAUGACCACAAAAGGCAGCACUUGAACAAUGCAUAGGACUGUUUGCUUUUAGUUUGGCUGCUGAGAGCCCCACCCACAUGGGCUGGCCCAACACGGCUGAUUGGCCCACACGGGCUGGCUCAGCACUGCAACCACAGCACGGCCUUCUCAGAGCUUAUGUACAUACUGCUAAAUUGUCUUGUAUUAUUAUUGAUCUUUUACUAUUGCUCAUGCGCAACAGUCGUUGAAGUACCAAAAAAACAAAAAACAAAA